AUGAGCUUUUCAUGUGUCGUCCCUGUGUCGCCUGUGGCAGCACUUAAGCGUGCGCGCAGUGCCGACGAUGAUCUCCACCUUCUCAAGGUCAGCAAACAGGCCAGUGAAGCUUCACCGCACUCGCCGCAUGCCAUGGCUGCUGCCGUGUUAGCCCAGCGACAGCAGCAGGUCUUCAAUGAUCACCAAAUUCAUCAGCAGACGCAGCAAAAUGUGGCUGUGUCACCCUUUGUUUUAGCUUGUGCCAAUAUUCGCUACGCUAUCACAUUCAUCCAGAAUUCCCGUCGUCAUGCACUGGCGCUAUGUCUUCAAAACCAGUGGGAGCGGGCGCUUACAGUGCUCGAGAAAAUUGAGCGCGCUAAUGACCAGAUCUCUCGACAGCGUCGUACUAAAGUGCGCGAGCAAGCAAAUGCCAACAUAGAUCGAAUAUUCGAUGUACAUGCCAUGCCAGCACAGCCUCCACAAGUAUCUUCACCUUCCAAGAUUCGCAAGCCCAAACGCAAUGUAAGGUUUAGCAAUGAAGUGCGAGUUGCUGUUGCUGAAGAUGUCGACCGCUCACCCGCACCUGUGCCCAUGCUUAUGCGCGAUGAAAUUUUGGUGCUGCGAGCAUCGCGACCUAUUCCGCUCCGCAACUUUUCCGAGUUCUGGAGCUCGUCGAUGUAG